AUGGCCGCUUCACUCCGCUCAUCGAUCGGUCUUUUACUCGUGGUUGCCGGUAUCUUUUCCAGCGCCGCCGAUGCUGCCGGCAAUCUGCGCCAUACCUCGCGGAGCUUGCAGACGUACACGCAGACCGACGGCUACCAGACCAAAAUGCUGGAGCUCGUGAACGAGCAGCGCGCGGCCAACGGCCUGUCGUCGCUGUGCAUGAACAGCAAGCUGGCAGCCUCUGCGCUGCGGCACUCCGAAGACAUGGCCGCAAAGGACUACAUGGCCCACAACGGCUCGGAUGGCUCCACCAUGGAGGAGCGCAUCACUGAAGCGGGGUUCAUCUGGACCGCUGUCGGGGAGAACGUCGCUGCCGGCCAGGAGACCGUCUCGGACGUCAUGACGGCCUGGAUGAACUCGCCCGAGCACAAGGCCAAUAUCCUGGGCGACUACAAGAUGUUCGGCACGGCCUACGCGUACAGCGCCGACACGACUUACCAGCACUACUGGACCCAGGACUUCGGCACGGGCGACGACGAGUCCUGCGAGAGCAGCAGCAGCAGCGGCAGCACCGCUGCCAGCAGCACGGCCAGCUCGGACUCCACCGACCAGACGCAGCAGCAGGACUCCACGCAGCAGGACGAAGUGGCCGGCGAGGCUUCCACCGAAUCCACGACGACGUCGCCAAUCAUCCAGGAAACCUCGACGCCGGUCACGACGGCACCCUCCAGCACGACCGCGACCCCCAUUGCCACAACGGCAACCCCUGUCGCCACCACUGCGGCCCCGAGCACCGGGUGCAAGGCCCGGCGAGUGUAAGCAAGUGU